AAAGCAACGAACAUUCUACAGGCAACGAUAUCGUCCAAGAAUCUUCUCGAACCCACCAAAUCCCCAACCUCCUUAAUCUUAUUAAUUCAAUCCAACCCCAUUUCCUCUUCAAUCAAUUUCUUCUCCAAUGGCCGAUGAUCACGCCGUCACGCUCUACAGCAGCGCCACCAUCACCGACACCAAGAAGAACCCCUUCUCCCUCAAAGUCGGCAUGGCGCAGAUGCUCCGCGGCGGCGCCGUCGUCGAGGUCACCUCCCUCGAUCAAGCCAAGACCGCCGAGUCCGCCGGCGCCUGCUGCGUCGUCGUCUCCGAUCCGCCUCCGCCUCCGCCGCGCGCUGGGAUCUCCCGCAUGGCCGACCCCUCGCUGAUCAAGGAAAUCAAGCAGGCGCUGUCGAUUCCCGUGAUGGCGAAGGCGCGCGUCGGCCAUUUCGUCGAGGCGCAGGUCCUGGAGCAGAUUGGGGUCGAUUACAUCGACGAGAGCGAGGAAUUGGGGAUCGCCGACGAGAGCCACUUCAUCAACAAGCACAAUUUCGGCGUCACUUUUGUCUGCGGCUGCCGCGAUUUGGGGGAGGCGCUGCGGCGGGUGAGGGAGGGCUCCGCCAUGAUUCGGACGCAGGGCGAAAUUAGGGGCUCCGGCAAUGUGGCGGAGACGGUGCGGAGUGUGAGGAAAGUGAUGGGGGAAAUUAGGGUUUUGAAUAAUAUGGAUGAAGAUGAGGUGUUUGCCUUUGCCAAGCGAAUUGGGGCGCCGUACGAUAUCGUGGUGCAGGCGAAGCAAAUGGGGCGGCUUCCGGUGGUGCAUUUUGCUGCCGGAGGGAUCACAACACCGGCUGAUGCUGCAUUGAUGAUGCAAUUGGGGUGUGAUGGGGUGUUCUUGGGGCAGGAGGUUUUCGACUGUGAUGAUCCUUACAAGAGGGUUCGAUCCAUUGUGCAGGCGGUUAGGAAUUACAAUGACCCGAUGGAGCUGGCGCAGGCGAGCAGUGGCUUGGACCACGCUAUGGCAGGGUUGAAUCUUGAUGAGAAUAGGGUCGAGUUCGGGUCUGGAGAUGCUUACUGAUUCUGUGAGUUCUAAUGCUUUUGAUUCCUAGCUUUCGAGCAUGAUGAGAAAUGUAGUAUAAUGUUUGUGAUUUUACAAUUUGCCUUGUUACAUUGAUGUUGCUUCUUUGCAUGAUGAAAGAAUAAGAGUUAUUGACCUUGUAUGA